GGAGGGGGGAGCCUGGAAACCGCCCCGUGUCCCAUUUCCUCCUCUUGUUUUCGCUCCGGAUUCUCCAUGUUGGACCCAAACUGAGGAGCCCGGAGCUGCUGCCGGGGGAUCGGGGCCGGGGGGAACCGGGGGAGCCGCUGCCCGGGCCGCCCGCCCUCCAUACAGGCCGCCUCCCUUCCCGGCCCAGGGAGGAAACGAGAGCAGGGAUGUGAACAGCUGUGGGAGUCCGAGUCUCGGGAGCCGGAGCCGGAGCGGGCCCCCGCCCAGGCCCCCCAGCCCAGCCCAGCCUGAGCGCCCGCCGGUCCUCCCGCCCAGCCAGCCCGGGCCCGCGGGAUUGUUAGAUGGAACACGGCUCCAUCAUCACCCAGGCGCGGAGGGAAGACGCCCUGGUGCUCACCAAACAAGGCCUGGUCUCCAAGUCCUCUCCUAAGAAACCUCGUGGACGGAACAUCUUCAAGGCCUUUUUCUGCUGUUUUCGCCCCCAGCAUGUUGGCCAGUCCAGCUCCUCCACUGAGCUCUCCGCAUACAAGGAGGAAGCCAACACCAUUGCUAAGUCCGAUCUGCUCCACUGUCUCCAGUACCAGUUUUAUCAGAUCCCGGGGACCUGCCUGCUCCCAGAGGUGACAGAGGAAGAUCAAGGAAGGAUCUGCGUGGUCAUCGACUUGGAUGAAACCCUUGUGCAUAGCUCCUUUAAGCCAAUCAUCAACGCCGACUUCAUAGUGCCUGUAGAGAUUGAGGGGACCACUCACCAGGUAUAUGUGCUCAAGAGGCCUUACGUGGACGAGUUCCUGAGGCGAAUGGGGGAGCUCUUCGAAUGUGUUCUCUUCACUGCCAGCCUGGCCAAGUACGCCGACCCAGUGACGGACCUGCUGGACAGGUGCGGGGUGUUCCGGGCCCGCCUGUUCCGGGAGUCCUGCGUGUUCCACCAAGGCUGCUACGUCAAGGACCUCAGCCGCCUGGGAAGGGACCUGAGGAAAACCCUCAUUCUGGACAACUCGCCCGCUUCGUACAUCUUCCACCCAGAGAACGCAGUGCCCGUGCAGUCUUGGUUUGAUGACAUGGCAGACACUGAGCUGCUAAACCUGAUCCCAAUCUUUGAGGAGUUGAGCGGAGCAGAGGAUGUCUACACCAGCCUCGGGCAGCUGCGGGCCCCUUAGCCUUCCCUGCUUCCGAGCAAUGGCCAUCCCAGUAGGGGACUUGCCUACACUGUGCCUUUAUGAUCAGCCUGCCAGAGCGGAAGCCGGAGCAUCUCACCCAGCUGGGCCUGGGAGUAGAAGUGGUUGGAAAGGGCUUUAGGACAGGAUAGAUGCCAAGCAGGCACGUCCCGGACCGACAGCGCCUAGAGCCGCCUGCUCCCUGAGUUGGGUUCCCAAAUGUGAGUGUGUG